AUGAGGAACUUUGCGUCCCGACAUCCUGGCUGGUCGAUCGUCAUUCUGCUGGUAGCUGCCGCGCUGAUCUGGUCGAUUUUUGCAAUCUGGCCGAAAGGUCUGGUCGAUGUGAUCGGCCGCAAGAAAGUGUUUCUCAACGCCCUGUUCAACGGCAUCACGCUCGGUGGCCUCUACUUUCUUGUCGCCAGUGGCUUCACGCUCAUCUUCGGUCUCAUGCGCAAUGUCAAUCUUGCGCACGGCUCCCUUUACCUGCUCGGUGGGUACAUCGGUUAUUUCGUUGCCUCGUCAACGGGUUAUUGGCUCCUUGCCUUUCCCGUUGCGUUUGUCCUCGUAGCUGCCGUCGGCAUUCUGAUGCAGAUAUUCAUCUUCCGCCGGAUGGAGGGGCAGGACCUCAGGCAAACGCUUGUAACGAUCGGAAUCUCCAUCGUGAUGGCGGACUUGAUGCUUUGGGGCUUCGGCGGAGAUUUCUACAACAUCACGCCGCCCAGCUGGUUGAGCGGCCCGAUGGAAACACUCCUGGUCACCGGCGUGAAGCGAUCGUCAGGUGACCUCAUCUACCUGAAGUAUCCGGUUGUUCGGGUCGUUAUUUUUCUUGCCUCGGUGGUCAUAGGAAUAGCCAUGUGGCUGAUCUUGAACCGCACCCAGAUUGGCAUGAUGAUCCGGGCAGGGGUCGAUGACAGGGACAUGUUGUCGGCAACAGGCGCCCGCAUCCAGCUCGUCUUUGUCGGAGUAUUCGCAUUCGGGGCAGGCCUCGCGGGUAUCGCAGGUGUCGUGGGAGGGACUUUCCAGUCCGUGGCGCCUGGCGAAGACAUAAGGUUUCUGCUGGCAUCGCUUGUCGUUGUGAUCGUCGGUGGCAUGGGGUCGAUCACGGGAGCCGCGCUGGGAGCGCUGCUGAUCGGUCUCGCCGAACAGUUCGGAUCGGUCUAUUUCCCGACUUAUGCGGUCGUUCUGACCUUCCUGAUCAUGGUGCUCGUUCUUGCGUUCCGGCCCCAGGGCCUCAUGGGGAGGUCCUGA